GAAGAGAUGACUUGACAAGGGCUGAAGUGUGAAAAUCAAAAUACUAAAAAGUGCAAGACUAUGGAUGGAAUAGUGAAGCUCGAGCGGAGAGCUCUUGGAGGGUUUGGAUUCAGUGUUAUUGGAGGUGUAGACACGCAUCUACCACCUAUGAUUUGCGCUGUAGUUCAAAAUGGAUCGGCCCAUCUCUCAGGCCGGGUUACUGCUGGGGAUGUUAUCCUUGAAGUUAAUGGCCGAUCUAUUACAAACUUUACAACAAGUGAAGUUGUGGAGUUUAUCAGGGAUUCUCCAGAUGAACUCACUUUACGUCUAAUGCAAGACAGUGGAGCAAAAGAAAGAGCUAAGCCUUAUUUAAGGACAUUUACCAUUGCCGACCCAAAAAUACCAUUAUACCAAGCGAAACUACAUAGAACAGCUUCUGCACCCAUUAAACCACACAAACGAUAUACCGACAGACGAGAAAAAUCUGCCCAGCAAAGGUCAGGAGAAAUUGUACGUCGAAAAACAACGACAAGUAAAGACCAUGAAGCUAGAGUUGUAGGACAGAAAACUUCACUUGGCAUGGAACAAGGCGCAGAUGGGAAUUACAUUCCCAAACCAGAGACUCCAAGCGAGCCUUAUAGGAUUAUGACWUACUUUCCUGUUGAUGGAAAAGCACCUAAAACAAUUGAAAAUUAUAAUUCUAAUAAUUACAAUGACCGUAUUCAAAGAAGGAGUUACCCAGARCAAGAUUCUCAGWGUUCUUCYRCAACUUUAUCACCAAAUGCAAGUGCRACAUCGCURCCRAAAAGUUGCCCUUCCUGCGGUGGAGGGAUGCUUGUUUCUAGCACUCCRGGUUUACAUGGGACUGGUUCKAAACAGSAACCAAUKGCUACAKCUUUACGAUGCCGUAAAUGCGGCAAGAACAUGAGCAUUAACGUUAGUAACAGUAGUUUACCAGAAAAGUCUCGAACAAAUCAAAAAAAUCACCAAACAUCUCACUUGAAACCUUCUAGUUCUUUACCUCCGAAUGUAAGUUURUCAACACAACCAAAUCAUAUUGUAAAUAGUGACUAUGCCAAUGAUCUUCGUAGUGGGACUUUGAAGGCUUCGUCAUCGGGUACAUUGACAGAAAGUGAUAUUCAUCUAGAGAAAGAAAAAGCAAGAGAAUUUGCAAUAAAACUUUAUAGAUUGAAUGGUUAUACUAAAGAUGAAGUGGCACCAGAGCUCAGUAAAAACACAAAUUUCAGCAAAAUGGUGGCCAAGGAAUAUCUAAAACUGUUUGACUUUAGCAAUAUGACUGUUGUGGUAGCUCUAAGAGAGUUUAUUAAGCGUGUUCUACUUGUCGGAGAGACGCAAGAACGAGAGAGAUUGCUUAUCCCAUUCUCUGAGAGAUAUUAUGAAUGYAAUACCCCAGAAUAUGGAACCUCUGAUGCAAUUCACACUCUGGUUUGUGCGACUUUACUGCUAAACACAGACUUACAUGCAGAGAAAAUAACCAGAAAGAUGACAUUUACAGAAUUCAAUGAUAAUUUAGCUGGUUUGUGUGACAACGGUGACUUUCCCAAAGAAUUGUUAAAGGCAGUCUACCAAGAUAUUAAACAAGCACCAUUGGAAUGGAGUGGAGAAAAGCCACCAGGUUCAGCACCAGGGACUCCUAAACCUUCCAGGAGUACUAAUGGCAUUAGAGCUGUACCAGGAAAUCCCUUUCUAGAGAUUCAAUGUGAUGCGAAUGACAAAGUUUACAAAGAAGGGUUGYUGUACAGAAAGGUCACCAUGGAGUCUGAAGGGAAGAAAAGUAAGCCAUGAAAAUUGUAUUAUUUGUCCUA